AUGUCCGAGAGAGACUAUGCACCACUGAGCAUUGCCUGCGUUCGCGGGCUUUGCGAUAAAAUAUAUGACAAAAGAAAGUUUGCUGGCGUCGAAAUUGAAAAGAUGGUAAAAGACUUCAGUGAUGCAAAGAACACAAGCCAGAUAAAGAGGCUGAUACGAGUGCUCGGACAAGAUUUGAUGUCCUCCACUAACCCUAAUGUGAAGAAUGGAGCACUCAUGGGACUCUCUUCUGUGGCAGUGGGCUUAGGAAAGGGUUGCAUCGACUAUUUGCCGGAGUUGGUGCAUCCGAUCGUGGCGUGCUUCAGUGAGAGCGAGUCGCGCGUUCGGUACCAGGCCGCAGAAGCGCUGUUCAAUGUGUUGAAGAUCGCGCGCGGCGAGGCGCUCGCACACUUCCCGCUCGUGUUCGACGCACUCGCCCGACUGGCCGCCGACCCCGAGCCGCAGGUCAAGCAGGGCGCCGAGCUACUCGACAGGCUAGUCAAGGAUAUAGUGACGGAGAGCCAGACGUUUGAGUUGGCAGCCUUCAUUCCGAUGCUGCGCGAGCGCAUCUACACGCGCAACGCGUUCGGGCGGCAGUUCAUCGUGUCGUGGGUGUCGGUGCUGGACGCCGUGCCAGACAUCGACCUCAUCGUGCACCUGCCCGACCUGCUCGAUGGACUCUUCAAGAUGCUGGACGACGCCAACACCGAGAUCAGGAGGAUGUGUGACGUCCAGUUAAACGAGUUUUUAAGAAGUAUAAAAAAGGAUCCUUCACGAGUAGAUUUUCAAGCUAUGAUCAACAUAUUAAUCACGCAUGCGCAGUCGCAAGAGGAAAUGUUACAGCUGACAGCAAUAACAUGGAUCAAAGAGUUUGUCGAGCUCGCCGGCGCGACCAUGUUGCCGUACGCGUCCGGCAUACUGUGUGCCGUGCUCCCGUGUCUUGCAUAUUCCGAUGAACCUCGGAAGAGUAUCCUUUCACAUAUUUACAGACACCUUAAAUCAAAUCAAAUACCAUUAUUUAUUAGACAGAAUACGGUACCUAUUAGUUUAUUAUUAAAAUUAAAUUUACACUAA